UGCAUUCCUACAAGCCACAUCCUGCGAACCCCUCACAACAGAAAAAUUUUUAAUGGCGCUCAUAUUCAUCGCGGUCCUCCUCCUCUUCUUUCUGUCUGAAGCCUAUGAUUUACACAAAGAUACCAUCCUCCCUUGGUGCGACUUCAGCUCCAACUACACCAUCCCAAGCCCAUUCAAGGCCAACCUGGACAACCUACUCUCCAGUCUCCCUGACGCUGCCGCCAACUCAAACAACUUAUUCUUCAACAACUCUGUGGGGACAGCUCCAGCCGUGGCCUAUGGCCUCGCUCAGUGCCGCACUGACAUGUCCGCAUACGACUGUGGUAUCUGCCUCUACCGCUCGGCCUUGAAAGCCUUUUCCCAAUGCCUGAUGUACCGCUCAGCCACCAUACUCUCGGACAAGUGCACCCUCCGCUACUCCGACAGCUGCUUCUUCUCCCAGAUCUCUCUCAACUUCAUAACCGUCCAGAACUUCAACAACGUCUCCAAUCCGACAUUGUUUAUCCAGCCAUUAAGGAAACUAAUGUCCGAGGUGUUGUCCAAAGCCCCCAGGAGAGUUACUAAAUUCGCUUCAACAUCUUUCAAUGAUUCCAUAAUUGGGGACAUCUACGGGAUGGCAGGGUGCACUCGGGAUUUAACCGAUGCUGGCUGUUCCACUUGUUUGAAUCAAGCUCUUCCCAUCUGCUGGAAGUUGGUCAUACAAAAGGUUGCCGAGUGUUUUCUAUGAGCUGCUAUGUUAGAUUCGAGAUCUAUCCCAUCUUGGCACAGCGGCCUCCGCCGCUGACACGCGGGUAUCCCAGUGAGGUAACUAUUAAUCAAGGAAAACGUAAUGAUACAAUGAAGACGGUUCUUGCUGUAGUCCUUUCUUUGACUGUUGCCAUUGGGCUUGUAUCUGUCAUUUACCUCUGUUCAC